ACCACACCAUCCCACCACCACUGUGCUGUGACUUCAUGAACUCUAUCUCUUCUUCCCUCACCACACCUUUUCAGCAUUUUACACAGCGAACAUUACUGGAGCAAGAAACUCGUUUCCGAGACAGUCGAGCAACUGUAAUCGCACCACGCCGUUAUGGACGGAAGCGUGAUCCACGAGCCCUUUCCUUCCUUCUUCCUUCUAGGCUCCACCCCCUCCUCGUCCCACAGCUACUAUACCUCUUUCUCCCGCUCCGCCGAUUUCGCUGAUCACAGAAUGUUACCAUGGACUGGCGGCAUGUCCGCCAAUGUCCACUUCCAAUUGCCUACCACCUACUGCACGUCCAUUGGACCUCUGAAGCCCGUCAGCACCGCUCCUCCCGCUCCUGCAUUCCCUUAUCGCACGCACCGAUUCCCUGCUUCACACUCUGCCCAGGGUCUCCACUGGAAAAGGCAAUCCCGGGGUAGGGAGCGGCCUAUACGCAGUCGUAGCAAGGGAAUUCGAGGGUAUCGCAUACCAGAACGAAAAUUCCCUCGUCCGGGUGCUUCGGAUGGCAGCUCCGGGGCUCCAUGGUGGCGCGACGCCUCUCCUUCGUCCCAGCAGCAGCAGCAGCAGCGGCAGCGAUACCCCCGCGCUAGCGUAUCGUCCCCCGCGCCUCUGAUGCCGCGCUCGCCCCGCAACACGUCGUCCUUCAUCAUCCGCCAGCACGAGUCCCUCAGUUCGCCCGCCGUGUAUGCUGCUACCUCUCCCGUUAUGAUGCUCGGCCGCCAAGAUGCCGUCGCCGCUGCAUUCGCUGGAGACUCGGCGGCAUCUCCUGCUGGAGCAGCAGCCAUCGCCGCGGCAGCCGCUACAGCGGCAGCAGGAGCAUGUGCGACCGGCGUCGUUCCCUGCGACAACGGCGACCUCUGCGACCUCGGCAACGGAAACAGUGACGAUCUGUCAGGCUUAGCGGCGGAAAUGGCGGAUAUGGCGGACAUGGCUCCACUGCUGAGCGUCAACCCCUACGGCUCCAUGAGCGGUUGCAUUCGCCUCAAGACUCCCGAGCCCUUGCCGUACGAUGCCGACGAGAGAAGCGAGGGCAACGGCGAAGGCACGCGCAUUCUCCCCCGCGGCGAGCCCGUUGUUCUGCGCGCCGAGUGCUCCGAAGGUGCUUCCUGCAGCGAGGACGCUCCCCAGGGGCGAGCUGCACACACGGAGGAGCGCGUAGCCGUCGCCGGCUUCGACGUGCGAUUCUUCGAGGUCGUCUGCGACAUGCUCGUCGUCGCGCCUGCGUGCGACGCCGACGUGCCCAGCCGUGAUGCUGUCGCCUGCAACGCCGCCGCCGCCGCCGGUACCGCCGCCUGUGAUGGCACCGCUGCUGCUGCCGCCGGUGCUGCUGAUGGGAGCGAUUCAAUCUUACGCGCGCGUAUCGACGAGCAGGAGGCGCAGAUGGCGCAGCUGGAGGAAGAAAACCACUCCCUGCGAGACCGACUGGAGAUGCGACAGGAGGAGCUGCGUCGCCUUCGCAUGCGAUUGCUGUCGCACAACAGCGAGGCCAUCGAGAUGGAGGGCGAGACCAACGGCACUCAACGCGACGACGAACGAGCCUCCGCUUCUACCGCCGCCGCCGCCGCCGUUGCUACUGCCGCCGCUGCAUCCCCCCGCCGUUCCGCGUCUCCUUAUUCCGCCAAAGCCCCUGUGGGAGCCGCCGCUGGGGAGUGCGACGACGGCUACAUGUCUUCUUCCUGAAGGCGCCCGCCCAAAGUCCCUCACUUCUGUGCUGUAACAGUCCGCCCUGGCUUCCUGUCCCUGGAUCCUGCAGCCGCACCUGUUCCUAGCUCCUGAAAGCCGGGGCGGCGUUGUUCUUAGGCCGCGGAUUCACGGACGAUCGUCGGCAGAAGCAGGCUCGGGCGCAUGGUGCUUGACUUGCUUAGUAUUUUUUUCCCCGGCUCUUUUUCACCGGGGUCGGCGCCAUCGUCAUCUUGUCCCUUCUGUCCUUCGUUCCGAAGGCCUCGGCGGACGGCAGCUGCCUCUCGUCGCCUCGUGCCCCGUCCGACUCGUGGUGCAUCCGCCGUCGUCAACCGCCUCGUUUACCCGCCUUGGCGAGCGCCUGCAGCAGGGGAAGAGCUUGUGCUUCUCGAAACACGAGCGCGGUGGCUCAGCGCGGCGCAAAGAUUGGUCUGCUCUGUCUGCUAAGCCGCCUUCACCCGCUACCCGCGUCUCUCUCUGCGCUGAAGUCCCGGAAAUUGGCCUUGGGCUUUUCGUUCGACCUCACACCUCCCUUAACCUGAAUCUGCGACUCCCUCCCGCCAUGCAUCCUACGCCCUUCCCCUCCGCCGUUCUCCCCCCUCCGCCCGCCUGCCUUCGCGCCAUUCCUCCUUUGCGCCAAUCUUCACUCCUGCAACGUGAGCCGCUCCAGGUCACCGUGCUCCUCGGCGUCGCCUCUCUCCUGCCCUCGCCCAUGCCCAUCUCCGGUACCUAACGCCUUCCCUAUUACCCGUGACCAUUCCCAAUCGGCCUGAUGCUCCCAGCGAUUCCGUUGCUGCUGCUGCCGUCACUUUUGUCGUGCAACUUGUGCGACCAGAACUGCUUGGCCGAAAGGGUUUCCAGCUGCAGCAUCGCUGUUUCAGCCAGACACCUUAUCCUGAAGGCCGAUUCAUCGCGUUGAUCCGGAAAAGGGCCGAUGGACUUGUGGACGCAGAUUCCAAGAUCUGAAGGUAGUCACAUCAUAGCUCUCCUGCUGUAGUAAGUUUAUCUGGAUGCAGCAGUCUCCAGGGGACCUCGUGUGCCAGGUGUCAACCUGCAGCAUGCAUCUUGGAGCGGCCCAGGUUCUACUUAUGCGCGCGCCCUGCUUCUGCUCACGUCCUUCCCUCGUGCCAUUUCUAGCCUUUCCACUCCAUAUGCCAAGUAGCUGAUUCCUCUCAUAGGCCUCCUCAGCAUCUAUCUAGGGUCCUCCCUCCUCCCUCCUCCCUCCUGCCAGAUGAUGCACUCGUGCAUCCAACACACUCCUGUACAUACAUCCCCACGCCCUGUCCUCCAAGCUGCUCCUCAAUUCCAGUUGCUGGUUAGUACAGGGUAGCCGCCCUAAGGGCUGGUUACAGGCCCAGCCAUACUCCAGUGCCGUUGCCAACCAAAUGGAUAAGGAGUUGACCAGACAGCAGUCAGCGAAAGGCUGUGCUGGUGGUUGCUGUUCCCAAGCAAUGCUCCCUGUAGCAUUUGUACAUCCUUGUCCUGUAGGAAAGCUUCAGGUGAUGUCCACCCUGUAUAUAAGCUCCUGAAUCUUUAUCAUGUUAUUGGAGGCCUAU